CAGCAGCAGCAGCAGCAGCAGCAGCAGGAGCCGCGCCAGUUUCCUCGUCUGGAUUUCACUGAUAAUCUCCCAUCACCUGUUGCUCUGAGGGCUGCUGCAGCUUCCCGAGGUAGUACCAGCUCCUCUCCUCUCCUCACCCCUCCAUUCCUCUCCUCCUCCCUCGGGCCAGCAGCGGGUCCAGCACCGCCAUGGGUCGCGCAGGGAGGCGGCGCGCACAUCCACAGCCCCGGCAGACGCGUCCCGAGCCGCUGCGCCUCCGUCCGCGGAGGACCAGCUGAUCCCGCGGAGGAACAAGAGCUAGAGGAGGAGGAGGAAAUCCCGCGAGAGGAAAAAACAUACACACCAAGAAAGAAAGACGGACAGAUACGCGCACAUAGACGCGAGAGAGAGACCCGGAGAAGGGAGUAAUUCCUCAUUUCUGGAGGAGAGCAGCGGGUUAUUGUUUUUAUUCUGCGCACAGACGGAGGAGGAGGCUCCCCGAACCAGACCGGCCAGAUGAAUCCCAUGACACAGCUGUACUACAAAAAGGCGACGUAUUCGCCGUACCGCGACCGCAUCCCACUUCAGAUCGUCAGAGCUGAGGUGGAACUGUCUGCAGAGGAGCGGGCCUACCUCACCGCCGUGGAGAAAGGUGACUAUGCCGGGGUGAAACACGCCCUCCGCGAGGCGGAGGUCUACUACAACAUGGACGUGAACUGUCUGGACCCUCUGGGCCGCAGCGCGCUGCUCAUCGCCAUCGAGAACGAGAACCUGGAGAUCAUGGAGCUGCUGCUGGACCACGGCAUCCACACGGGCGACGCCCUGCUCUACGCCAUCAGGAAGGAGGUGGUGGGCGCCGUGGAGCUGCUGCUGUCGCACCGGCGGCCCAGCGGCGAGAAACAGGUCCCUUCACUGAUGAUGGACAGCCAGUUUUCAGAGUUCACGCCAGAUAUAACUCCCAUCAUGCUCGCUGCUCACACCAACAACUAUGAAAUCAUCAAGCUGCUCGUUCAGAGAAAGGUCACCAUCCCGAGACCACACCAGAUACGCUGCGACUGUGUUGAGUGUGUUUCCAGCUCAGAGGUGGACAGCCUCCGACACUCACGAUCACGGCUGAACAUCUACAAGGCCCUGGCCUCGCCCUCGCUCAUCGCGCUGUCCAGCGAAGAUCCCAUCCUCACCGCCUUCAGGCUCGGCUGGGAGCUCAAAGAACUCAGCAAGGUGGAGAAUGAGUUUCGCCAGGAGUACGAGGAGCUGUCUCAGCAGUGCAAACGUUUCGCCAAGGACCUUCUGGAUCAGGCCCGGAGUUCCAGAGAGCUGGAAACCAUCCUGAACCACAGAGACAACGACCAGAGCGAGGAACUGGACCCGAGGCAGUGCCACGACCUGGCCAAGCUCAAACUGGCCAUCAAGUACCAUCAGAAAGAGUUUGUGGCUCAGCCGAACUGCCAGCAGCUCCUGGCCACGCUGUGGUACGACGGCUUCCCCGGGUGGAGGAGACGCCACUGGGUGGUCAAGCUGGUCACCUGCUUCAUCAUCGGACUGUUGUUUCCCGUCUUCUCACUGAUCUACCUGUUAGCUCCCAAGAGCGCUCUGGGAUGCGUCAUAAAGAAGCCCUUCAUCAAGUUCAUCUGCCACACGGCGUCCUACCUGACCUUCCUGUUCCUGCUCCUGCUGGCCUCGCAGCACAUCGCCCGCACCAACCUGCACAUGCAGGGCCCCCCCCCCACCGUGGUGGAGUGGAUGAUUCUCCCCUGGGUGCUGGGCUUCAUCUGGGCAGAGAUCAAAGAGAUGUGGGAUGGAGGAUUCACAGAGUAUAUCCACGACUGGUGGAAUCUGAUGGACUUCGCCAUGAACUCCCUCUAUCUGGCCACCAUCUCUCUGAAGAUAGUGGCCUAUGUUAAGUACAACUCGUCUCGUCCCAGGGAGGAGUGGGAGAUGUGGCACCCAACCCUGAUCGCCGAGGCUCUGUUUGCCAUCGCUAACAUCUUCAGCUCGCUCAGACUCAUCUCCCUGUUUACCGCCAACUCCCACCUGGGGCCGCUGCAGAUCUCCCUGGGGAGGAUGCUGCUGGACAUCCUCAAGUUUCUCUUCAUUUACUGUCUGGUCCUGCUGGCGUUUGCUAACGGGCUGAACCAGCUCUACUUCUACUAUGAAACCACGGCGUCGGAGGAACCCAGCAACUGCAAGGGCAUCCGCUGUGAGAGGCAGAACAACGCCUUCUCCACGUUAUUUGAGACUCUCCAGUCUCUCUUCUGGUCCAUAUUCGGCCUGAUAAAUCUCUACGUCACCAACGUUAAGGCUCGCCACGAGUUCACGGAGUUUGUUGGAGCCACCAUGUUCGGGACGUACAACAUCAUCUCCUUGGUGGUUCUGCUCAACAUGCUGAUCGCCAUGAUGAACAACUCCUACCAGCUCAUCGCCGACCACGCAGACAUCGAGUGGAAGUUCGCCCGGACCAAGCUGUGGAUGAGCUACUUCGACGAGGGCGGCACGCUGCCGCCGCCCUUCAACAUCGUCCCCAGCCCCAAGUCCGUCUGGUACCUGCUCAUGUGGCUCCACAGCAAGCUGUGCAGGGGGGGCCGGCCGCCCGGAGAGGGCUCGCACAAGUGUGAGAACCUCCGCGAGUUCACGGAGCGACACGCUGACAGCCUGAUACAGAACCAACACUACCAGGAAGUGAUCCGCAGCCUGGUGAAGCGGUACGUGGCGGCCAUGAUACGCAGCGCUAAGACCAACGAGGGCCUGACGGAGGAGAACUUUAAGGAGCUGAAGCAGGACAUCUCCAGUUUCCGCUACGAGGUGAUGGACCUCCUGGGAAACCGCCGCCCCCCCCGGAGGAACUACUCCUCCUCCAGCGAGACGGCCAGAGACGACGGCGGCACCGCGUCGGAGGACGACAGCGAGUCCGGAGACGGCGGCGGGGGGGGAGCCGGGGUCCGCAGGUCCAAGAGCGUCACCUUCACCGACCCGGUGGAGGACGACAGGAGGCCGGCGCUCGGCGUGUCGGCGCUGGUGCGCUCCAUUUCAGGGAUGACCCGGGCGGACAAGAGGGAGGAGGCGGAGCUGGAGGAGGGCAGGGAGGAGGAGGAAGAGGAGGGGAAACCAAAGAGCAACGGGCUGAAGACUGUCAUCCCUCCAUCCUCCUCCGCUGCCCUCCCCUCGCCGUCGCCGUCCAUCUCCUCGUCCUUCUCCUCCUCCCUCGCUCGCACCAGGAGCUGCCUGCAGCGCCUCUCCGGCCCGGCGGCCAAGACGGACUCCUUCAAACGCUUCUCCUACCUGUUCUCUCGCUCCAAGCUCAAGGCCCCGCCCGCGCCGCCCCCCCUGCAGGCCCCGCCCUCCUACACCAUCUCCGACGGGUUGCUCCGCCCCCUGGGGAGCCACGGCCACCCCGACUUCGGACUGAGCGACGUGACGAGGAGCGACCCCCACCUGAACGAGGUGGGCCGGUCGGGCGGCGGCGGCGGCGGCUCGUCGUUCUCGCAGCGGCGGACGAACGGGCGGGACUCGCUGCUGGCGCUGCCGCUGCCGCUCCCGCCGCCGUGCCCCUGCCAGUCCCUGCACUGUGCUUCCAACAUGUCCGAGUCCAGCUCGCGCCUGCUGGACUCCAGCGAGGACGUUUUCCAGGGCGGAGGCGUGGAGGGGGCCGGGGAGGGCCCUGUGGACGGAGGAGGAGGGAUCAUGAUGAUGGGCGGGUGGGUGGGACCCUGCGACGAGGUCAUAGAGGACUCCGUCACCACACAACUAUAG